GCAGACGCAGCCUAUGAGCGCAAAGACGCGCUGCUCGGUCCAGUGCGGCCAGCGGCGCCGCCGGAACCCGGGGCUGUCAGUGCUGGUGCUGCUGCUCUCUCCCCACCCCGGGCGUCCCUCGCACUAUGGCGGUCCCGCCGCAGCUACGAGCCCUGCUCCAUGCGGUCAACGAACUGUUGCGCAAGCGCCGCUACCACGCUGCUUUGGCCAUGCUUAAGGGCUUCCGGAACGGGGCAGUCUAUGGAGCCAAAAUCCGGGCCCCUCACGCGCUCGUCAUGACAUUUCUCUUCCGGAGUGGCAGCCUCCAGGAGAAGCUGCGGGCCAUCCUGCAAGCCACGUACACCCACUCCCGGAACCUGGCCUGCUUUGUGUUCACCUAUAAGGGGCUCUGCGCCCUGCAGGCCCACAUGCAGGGCGAGACCUACCAGGUGCACUCGUUCCUGGCUGCCUUCAUCGGGGGCUUGCUGGUGUUCGGAGAGAACAAUAACAUCAACAGCCAGAUCAACAUGUACCUGCUCUCCCGCCUCCUGUUUGCCCUGUGCCGCCUGGGCGUGGAGAAGGGCUACAUUCCCGAGCCCAGGUGGGACCCAUUCCCCCUGUUCACCGGGCUGGUGUGGGGGCUGGUGCUGUGGCUUUUUGAGUACCACCGGCCCACUCUGCAGCCGUCCCUGCAGUCCUCCAUGACCUACCUGUACCAGGACAGCAAUGUCUGGCAUGACAUCUCAGACUUCCUCCUCUACAACAAGAGCCUCCCCUCGAAGUAAUGCGGCCCCGAGGUGCUGAUGGGGGCUUCCACAGCCGAGAUUGUCUCCAUCGGUGAAUCACCCCCAAAGGAUCCUGCCUUCUCAAGAUCAUGGUUCUCAGACUCCAACUUUUAUUGCCCCAGGGUUCCAUUUGCCGGAG